UUGAUUUCAGCUUUAUAUAAUUCUCGUAAAACUAUGAAGUAUUUGUAUUGUUGGCGUGCAUUUAAAAGAAAAGAAGGACCUUUAUUAAUUGAUACUCGAAAUGUCACGGGAUCAGGACUCUAUACAGACAAGAUUCCUAGGAAAUGCGACUGGUUUCGUCUGAUUGGUUGUUUAGAAUCAUUGAAUACUUUAUCUGUGAAUUAUGCAUAUAUAGCAACACCUACAGGAGAUCUUCUUGUUAAUCUAGCAAUGAUUUUAGGAUCUAAAUGGCAAUGGUUGCAAUUGCUGUGCUUAGAGGAAGAAAUUCCAAAUGAAGUUAAUCCGAAUGAUGGCGUUGGUGGCUAUAGAAUACCUGAUAUUGCUUGGAUGAAAGCAUGUCUUUGGGCACCUGCUUUAAAAUUGGUUUGCCAGAGUACGAUAGACACAAAAUGUUCUUUUCCCGCCACACACCAAUGCAUACAUUUGCACUUUCCAGUGACAUUGAUUUACGAUUUCGACAACCUUGGUUUCUCGAUUGCACGAUCAAAAGUCUCUACACUUGGUACUCAAAAACUCUUGUAUCUUUGAACUUACAAUUGUGGCAUCAACGGGAUAAUUUAGAUUCCCAAUUGAAGAAUCUCUUCCUACGAUUACCAGCAUUACGAACUUUUGAAUUUAGGGGGGAAAUUCGAAUGCUUGCAACUUUAUGUGCUAUGUGUUGUCAGGUGCGAGCUCGAAAGUGUAAUGUUAAUCAUGUCAAUAUACAUUUACAAAAAGUUAUACACCAUGAAAUAAAUAACAAUGAUUUCGUUAAAGGGGUUCAAUGUUUAUUAAUAUGUUUUAAAAAAGAUUUUUCUGAAAUGAAUGUUAUAUUCAAAAUUGAUUUUUACGUCUCUUAAUUAAAUUAUUUGUCUCAAAUUACAUAUAGGUUAUAUAUAUAUAUACAAAAUAAAACAAACAUAUAUAUAAAUUUGCAGAUAUAAUUAUUUAUUAUUAAUAUUGUGAUUUCUCGAAAACAUUAUAAAAGUAAAUGCUAUCUUUAAAUAUCUUCAAAUAAAACUUGUAUGAAAAUGCAGAUAUUCAUAGUUUAGAUUCAAUAUGUACAAGAUCUUAGAUUUUUUCAGAUCUUAUAACACAAUUGUUUGAACAAUUAAAUAUAAUUUGCAAAUAAAUUAUUAUUUAGAGCGUUCUCAUUGUAUUUAUUCAGUAGUAGAUUCUUGUUGUUCAAAUUUAGGGUAUUUUGCUUCGACUUCUGCCCAAGUAAUCUUUCCAUUUGAAAGAUCCCUAAUUAUAUUAGGAAGUUCAUCCAACUAAAAUUAUAAAAAACAUUUUAUAAGUAUAAAAUAUAUAUAUAUAUAAAUUAAUUUAAAAGUAUAUUUUAAAUAAUAUACAUAUAUACCAUUAUUCUAACUUGCCCAGUACUAUCUCUUUCUCUAAGAGUAGCACUGUGCGGUUCUUUUAAAGUAUCAAAAUCUACAGUUAUACCAAAUGGUAUUGCAAUCUCAUCUGUGCGAGCGUAUCUACGACCAAUACUGCCAGAAGAAUCAUCCACCUUAUGUGAUACAUCAGCUUUAGUAAGAUUUUGAGCUAAAAUUUGUAUUAUAAAUUUAAAAACAAUUUUCUGUAAUAUUUGAAAUCUGUUUUAUUAUAGAUUUAAAACAAUUUAUAUGUAAUAUUUGAAAUCUGUUUUAUACUUACACAAUUCCUUCACAAAUGGUACAAAGUCAUCAUGUCCACUCAAAGGUAAUACUGAACACUUUAAUGGUGCAAUAAUUGGUGGUAAACUGAAAUACGUUCGUUUUUCAUCUUCUUCUCUUGCUCUAAAAUUAUGUUCGAAGAGAGCGUACAUGAUACGGCCAAUACCAAAAGAUGGUUCUAUUACUGAAGGCACAAUUUCUUCAACAUGAACAGUCUUUUGAUAUCUUUUUACUUCUAUCAUAUCUUUUGUAAUUUUUACAGAGGAAUCAUUAGAAAGUUUCAAUUCACUAUCACCUUUAUUAUUAAUAUCUUUUUCUAAACUUUCAAUAUUAUUUAUUUUUAAAUUAGCCAAUGCAUCUUGGACAGUUUUACUAUCUUUUUUAAAUGUUUUACCAAUAAGAACUUUAUUAGGUACCACUUCACAAACAUCUACAGUUUUUGGAGAUGGUAACUUCUUUUCUGCUACUAAUUUAACUCCUGUAGCUUUAGUAUGCUGUGUAAGAUCAUAUGCUGAUCGAUCAGCACAACCUACACAUUCUAUCCACCCAUAAGAUGUGAGAC